CUGACGUGAACGAGCCCGCGUGUAGCUCCCAAUACGCAGGCGCCACUGGGGCGGGGCUGGGAGGGGAGAGUGGGUGGAGCCGAGGGCGGGGACUGUGACUAGAGCCGGGCAGAAUCCAAGUACCCCUGCGGCGGGGCGGCAGUAAUGGCGAUUUUUAGUGUGUAUGUGGUGAACAAAGCUGGCGGCCUGAUUUACCAGUUGGACAGCUACGCUCCACGGGCUGAGGCUGAGAAAACUUUCAGUUACCCUCUGGAUCUUCUGCUCAAGCUACACGAUGAGCGUGUGCUGGUUGCUUUUGGCCAGCGCGACGGCAUCCGGGUGGGCCAUGCAGUGCUGGCUAUCAAUGGCAUGGACGUGAACGGCAAGUAUACGGCCGACGGGAAAGAGGUGCUGGAGUAUCUGGGUAACCCUGCUAACUACCCGGUGUCUAUCCGAUUCGGCCGACCCCGCCUCACCUCUAAUGAAAAGCUCAUGCUAGCUUCCAUGUUCCACUCGCUCUUUGCCAUCGGCUCUCAGCUGUCUCCUGAACAGGGAAGCUCAGGCAUUGAAAUGCUAGAGACAGACACAUUCAAACUGCACUGCUUCCAGACACUGACAGGGAUAAAGUUUGUGGUGUUGGCAGAUCCUAGGCAAGCUGGAAUAGAUUCCCUUCUCCGAAAGAUUUAUGAGAUUUACUCAGACUUUGCCCUCAAGAAUCCAUUCUAUUCCCUGGAAAUGCCCAUCAGGUGUGAACUCUUUGACCAGAACUUGAAGCUAGCCCUGGAGGUGGCAGAGAAGGCUGGAACUUUUGGACCUGGGUCAUAGGCCAAACCUGCCUCCAAACCUCAAAUUCUGAGAGUUCCUACAGCAAGGGUACUGUUGUUUUCACUCCGAUGGAGAGCAGCCUUCUUACUGCAUUGAAUAUGAAUGCUGAGCCUGAUAACACAUACUGAUCCCUGAGCCUUAAUACCAUGCUCAUUCCUUCUGUAUAUAUUAUGUUCCUACUUUCCAACUCUGUACAGAUUUAUUUAUGGAGGAGGUAGGCCCAUAAAUUAUGUAAUAAAUAUUCCUUUAAUCCCAGUGUUUGC